AGUACUCGGACCAGACAAGCCAGAAGUGAAAAUAACCCAACAGGCGCGAGAAAAGGAGAAAACCUACAAGAGAUCCUUUUCCCGAGGUUGGUUCAAUCGAAAGCUUUGGCUUACUAGCUGUGGUUACGCCAAUGCAAUCUUUUGCUUCCCUUGCUUACUGUUUAAAACAAGUGCUUGUGAUAGCUCGUGGACACAGACAGGGGUAACAGACCUGAAACAUAUGUCAGAACGCAUUAAGAAACAUGAACGGGCAAGAGUGCAUAUGGACAACUCUGUGAAGCUAGCCAUGCUAGGCCGAAUUAGCAUAGCCACACAGCUAGAUGAGGGACACCGCAUUGCCAUAAGAAGGCACAACGAGGAGGUGGACAGGAAUCGGCAUAUUUUGUCAAAGAUCAUUGAUGCCGUGAAAUUUUGUGGUGCCUUUGAACUUGCUUUGCGUGGUCACGAUGAGAGUGACGCAUCAGAAAACCCUGGCAUUUUCCUGGGUCUAAUUGAUCUCAUGGCCUCAAUCGACCGUGAGUUGGAGGUGCACCUGGAGAACGCCACUGUUUUUAAAGGCACUUCGAAGACCGUGCAAAAUGAACUGUUAGACUGCAUGUUGUCAGUUCUCAGAGACCGCAUUCUGGAAGAGGUGAAACAGUCGGACUACAUUGCCAUUCAGGCAGACGAGACAACCGACAUCUGCACUCAUUGUCAGCUUGUGCUUGUGCUACGGUACAUAGAUGGCCACAACAACAUUCAAGAACGCUUUUUUGAGUUUAUCGCGCUUCCAAAUGCGAACGCUGAUACGAUUGCCACUGCAUUAUUGGAAAGGCUGAGCACCAUCCUUCCAGCGGGACAAGAGGGAAAAUUAAUUGCCCAGGCCUAUGAUGGUGCCGCAGUGAUGAGGGGUGCUACUGGUGGAGUGCAGCGUAAAGUGCAAGACGUCUACGGGAGUGCAUACUACGUUCACUGUUAUGCGCAUCAGUUGAACCUCAUUAUGCAGCAGGCAACAUCCCACAUCGCAAAGAUCGGCCAGUUUUUUUCAGACGUAGGGGGGUUUUCGACAUUUUUUUCCAAGUCAUUCAAACGAACGGCAGUGCUGGAUGAAGUGGUGGCACACAGACUUCCAGGUGCUUCAACAACGCGAUGGAACUUCCACAGUCGAGCUGUUAACACAGUUUACGAGCACAAAGACGAACUGGUUAAGUGCUUCCAAACCAUUCGAGACAGAGGAGACUUUGAUGCCAUAUCGAAGAGAGAGGCCGGGGGUUGUAUGAGAAUGUUGGAAGAUGAGGUUUUCUGUUUCAUCCUGGCUUUAUUCCACAAAAUCAUGCCACAUGUAGACAUGCUGUUUAACCAUCUGCAGAAGAGGAACAUAGACUCUGUCUUCAUCGCAGGGAUCACCCAGAGGUUCACUCACAGCAUACAGGCCAUCAGGGACUCCGUUCCUUCUCUAGUUGAGGAUGAGGAGUAUAGGGGACCUGUACAGGAACCACCCCUGAAGAAACGGAGGGCAAUGGGAGAAGAAACACAACAGCAUCUGGCAAUAGAGGUAUGUGAUUCCAUUAUGAGCCAUGCCAAGGAGAGGUUUUCUUUCACCAAUCAUCUCAUCAGUGCCACUCUGUUGCAAGGAGACUUGUUUCCACAACACAGCAGAAAGUUCCCGGAUUCAGCACUAUGA